GCGGUUGGAGCCGCCGCUGUCAGUGUCCGAGCGUGCGGCGGCAGCGGCGGCAGCGCUUCAGCCGGCUCCGCAGCUGGGCCGCGACAGCGGGGUAACCGGCCAGCGGGGCUCCGCCCGGAGGGGAGACACCUGCCGGGGGAGGGGCCUCGGGAGAGCGACGGCGAGUCUGGUGCUGAGAGGGCUGCCCGGGAGAGACCAUUGCGGAGGGGCGGCGGGGGGGGGGCGGGAAGGGUGGCCUGGCCCGGGAGAAACCAUUGCUAAGGGUCAAGGGCUGGCCUGGGACACCCCAGGCCUGCUGCGUGAGAGCUGCCCCAGGAGCAAGGACUAAUCCUGGGAGAAGCCAGGCCUACUGGAUGAGCAGACUGUCCCGGGAGAAACCUGGAGUUGAUAGGCACUAGGUCUGACGAGGGAGAGGUGUUCUGAAUGCUGCUGGGAUUUCUUAUGUUCUACUCGGACAUACUGUCUUGGGAAAAUCCACGAUUGAACAGAUGCUAUUGAUUUAAACUGGGAUAAAAGGAAAAAAAAAUUCCUAAAGUAGCCUAUCCUAUCCAACAGACCUGGGAUAGAUCAUCACUCAAGUCUUGAAAGAGAGCUGUGCUGGAAAUAAAUUGGGCCAAACAAAGAGAGAUUCUGGCAAAUGUUUUGAGUCAGAGAAGAGUUGCUGAUAAACUAACCUGGAAAUCCCAAAGAUAAACUGAGAUUUGCUGAAGUGCAUAAAAAGAAAUCUUGAUCAAAACUGAGUGAAAACCAAAAUUUGGAUUAAAUGGUUCAGAGGCUUUUUGGAUUAAACUGAGAAAUCUGCCUUGGGUAAAGAUACUAACUAACCCUGGGAGACAGCAGACAAGACUAACCUGUUUCCAGUGGUAAAACUACUGCAGUUUUGUGCUGCUGAGGUGGGAAUAGAGGAACGGACAGUGGGUGUUCUGCCACUUCUUUUUUUUUUUUUUUUUAAGGGAGUGCUAGCAAGAAGCAAAGAAAGGGAUAGGUUACCCGAUACCUGGCAGAGUCCAGUUCUGUCAUUCUCCAGCUGUAUAAGGUGUCCCUGUUUGGCAUUUUUUUAUAUUUUGUACUGUAAUAGAGGAUUGUGGCAUAUGGGGCUUUUUAACACUUUAUUUAAUUCUGCGUUUUUAAAAAUUUUUCUUUGCAUCUCUAAAAGAAUGUGCAUUAGUGUCUUUGCAAAUAUCUGGCUCUUGAAAGGUAUCUGAUUAAAAUGCACGUUGUUUGAAAUUUAAAUUAAAGCUUUAAGUUGUCACAUGCACGGACAUUUAGUUGACCAAAAAAUAAUCCUUUCAAACAAGUUUGGAUUAUUUUAGUCUUGCUAAACAGUUCGGAAUCUGCCAGUGGGUUGCCUGUGAAGGGUUAAACCGUGGAUGCUGCAGCAUUUUGAGCCACAGAGACUCUGCUGGAAAAUCAUUCAUGCAAAAUUUUUUUUUUUUAAACUUUUUAGUACCAAAAAUGUUCGGUAUUUUUAAUCUUGACUAGUCUUUAAAAAUACAAGACUUGAGUGAACUUUCUUCAGGGUGAGGGAGGCUAAUUAAAAUCUGUUUUAUUUGGAGAUAAAUUUAAUUGUGAGGCUGGUUUUUGGGAGAAAGCAUAGACCUAGGGCAAAAUUUCAGUUUAUGCUGGAGGGUGGGAAAAGAACCUCAAAGUAUCUCCAUCCUUUACUUCUGUAGUCUUUGGAAUUAAUCAGGCACCGCUCCUGGGAUAUCAGACACUUUACUUCCUACACCAUUUUGGGAUAUAAAGGUGCAGAGUGAACUAAGAAACUUGAACAUAUCCAUUGGGGACUGAUGCUGAGGAAGAGCUGACAUACAAAGGGAUAAAGGCUGUAAUAUUAUACAGAAAUGGAUGUGUGGUCAAGAGUAGCAGUGUGGAUCCUGUGUGGUUUUCUUCUGCACCAAGGACAGGGGGAGAGGCCCCCAGGUACCCAUUUGGAUGAAACUGCAAUUGCAGAGUUUUGUCGAAUUGAUGAGCCCUUGUGCCACAACGAAGAUGAGCAGCUCAGCUUUGAAGCUGUCUGCAAUAUCCACAAACAGAUGGACGAUGACGCCAAUGGCAACGUGGAUGUAGAGGAGAGCGAUGAGUUCCUGAGGGAAGACUUAAAUUAUCAUGACCCAACAGUCAAACACAGCACCUUCCAUGGGGAGGAUAAACUCAUCAGCGUGGAAGAUCUCUGGAAGUCAUGGAAAACGUCCGAAGUGUAUAACUGGACAGUUGAUGAGGUGGUGCAGUGGCUAAUCACCUAUGUAGAACUGCCACAGUAUGAAGAAACCUUCAGGAAACUGCAGCUAAGUGGACAUGCCAUGCCCAGGUUAGCGAUAAACAAUGCCACCAUGAUGGGAACUGUACUGAAGAUGACUGAUCGGAGCCACAGGCAGAAGCUGCAGCUGAAAGCCCUGGACACAGUGCUGUUCGGACCUCCUCUCUUAACUCGUCAUAACCACCUAAAGGAUUUCAUGUUGGUGGUGUCCAUUGUCAUUGGAGUGGGUGGCUGCUGGUUUGCCUACAUCCAGAACCGCUACUCAAAGGAGCACGUGAAGAGGAUGAUGAAAGACCUAGAAGGGCUUCACAGAGCUGAGCAGAGUCUGCACGACCUUCAAGAAAGGCUGCAGAAGGCCCAGGAGGAACACCGCACCGUGGAAGUGGAGAAGGUGCAUCUGGAGAAGAAGCUCCAAGACGAGAUCAGCAUCGCCAAGCAAGAGGCACACCGGCUGCGGGAGCUGCGAGAGGGGACAGAGAACGAGCUGAGCAGACAGAAGUACGCUGAACAGGAGCUGGAGCAGGUCCGAAUGGCGCUGAAGAACGCAGAGAAGGAGCUUGAAUCCCACUGCAGCUGGGCCGCACCAGAGGCCUUGCAGAAAUGGCUCCAGCUGACCCACGAAGUGGAGGUCCAGUACUACAACAUCAAGAAACAGAAUGCAGAGAAGCAGCUGCUGGUGGCCAAAGAGGGGGCUGAAAAAAUUAAAAAGAAGCGAAACACCCUCUUUGGAACAUUUCAUGUUGCCCACAGCUCAUCCCUAGACGAUGUUGAUCAUAAAAUCUUAACUGCAAAGCAAGCCCUGAGCGAAGUGACGGCUGCACUGCGGGAGCGCCUACACCGCUGGCACCAAAUCGAGCUGCUUUGUGGGUUCCAGAUUGUCAACAACCCAGGCAUCCACACACUAGUGACAGCCCUGAACAUCGAUCCCAGCUGGGUGGGAACCUCCCGGCCCAACCCAUCGCACUUCAUCAUGACUGAUGAUAUGGACGAUCUGGACGAAGAGAUUGUGUCUCCCAUGUCCAUGCAGUACGCGGCCUGGCUUUUGGGGCGCAGGUUCAGUGACCGCUCGUCUAUCUCCAUGGAGGAUCUGUCCCUCUGGAAACACCCCGCUCCCCCCGUGCCCAGCGGUGUCCGCCAGCGCGUCGUGGACCCGCAGCACUCCCUCGGAUCUCAGAGAGACCUAACUCGCUCCGACUCCGAUUCCUCCUUCCUGUACAUGAGCGACCAUCAGCGCAUCCCAGGCUCUGCUCCCAAGCUCCUGGCUGCCAGGCCCCCCCUGCUGACCAGGUCCGCAGAGGAGGCUGCUUCAGGCCACCCGGCCGGCUGCGCCCCGACCUCCAACGGAGGCAGCAGGCACGGCGAGGCCUCCUCACUGGGGGCUUUGCAGGAGCGGCUGGCCGAGAGCCCGGUGGUGGCGAAGAAGAUGAUGAUGCUGAACCAUGGUAUGGAGAAGUCCACCAGCCUCGGGGAGAUCAGCCACCCGACGGCGGGCAGGCAGAGCCACUCCGAUUCCUCCCGCUCACACAGCCCCAGCUCCACCGAGCCCGACACGCCCUCCCCCAUCUCUGACUCCAGGCCCGGCAAUGCUAAGAACACCCGCAUCCCGCAGCUGGCCGCCAAGAAGAACGCCGGGGAAGAGGACAGCGGCUCCACGGGCGAGGAGACUGACUCCAGCCAGGGCAAGAAAAAGUUCCCCCUAAAGAUCUUCAAAAAGCCCAAGAAGUAGGAGGAGGAGGAAAGCCAGCCACCAACCCAGUCCAUUGGGCAGGGAGGGGCGGGGCACAGAGCCAUGGGUGAAGGCACCCUUCCCACCCCUUCCAGGAGCCACAGGGGUGGGGUGCUUGCGACUGCCCACCCCCUCCUCCCCGCCUCCCAAUCAAGUCUUGUAAAAUCUGCAGGGGAAGGAGCUAUUUAAACGUAUUUAUUUCCUGACUUGUAAACCAGCCGCCCCUUCUCCCUCCCUCCCGAUUCAGUAGCCCCCUGCUUUGCAGUGCAUGGCUUCUCAUGACUUCCGAGCGGUCCUGCCUCCGCUCGGCCACGCGGCAGUUAGGGUUUGUUUAAUGUGCUUUGAUUUUUUCCCCCUUUCGGCUUCUUCGGGACUCCUGCACGUGUGGCUCCUGCUCAGCUUGAGAACCUGACCAGGGGAGGGUUCCCUCUGUGCCAGGCCCGCCGCUUGCAUCUAUGCACCCCCAGGGCUUUGGCCUCCCUCUCGCCUGGGCUAGGGCAGCAGCUCGGGGAGGUCAGGGCCUAGUCCUGGCUACUCAGGGUUGAAUCCGCUGCGAUCUCUGAGGGUUAGCUGCCUCGUCCGUGUCUUUGCCGCUCUCCCUGGGCAGCGUAGGGCACUUGGGGAAAGACGCCCCGUGGCUGGGGUGACUGGGGAGAGUGGAUGGGGCUUAUGCGUUUUUGGCAGGGGAAAGCAGAAGGCGCGUGCCAGCUAGCGGGUUCAGGGCUUUGGGUGGAGAGAGAGCAAGGGCCUGGCCAGUGUUUCUGCAUUCAGGAACCGUGGCCAAGUCUAUUCUAGGCAGUGUUUGUUUCUUUAGCUGGCUCAAGGGAUGGCUGCAGCCUGCCGGGUUGUUUCUGAAGCGGGGCCUGCUCGGUGAGGAUCACCCAGCAGGCCCUGCCCUGUCUCAGCCUUCCCAGCCCCUGUCGCAGGAGCUGGAGAUGGGCUUCCUUCGGCCAGGGCCAGGCACCGGGCAGAGGAAAUCGGGUGUGGGGGAGGCAGAUGCUGUGAACCCCAGAGCAGCUCCGACCAGGCCGAAGGGCCGCAAGUCAUUUGGGUACAGCCGGGCGACCAUCUUGUGCUCCAUUGAGCUGCCCGGGUGAGUCGGGCCAAAGACUGGUCUUCAGAACAGGGCCGAGAGCACAGGCCCUUCCCCUGGGCUUGGACCCAGCGCCUUGGAGAAUGAGAAUUCCCCUCGGGAAGGCGGGCGGGUUCCGGGUAUGUGGAGGAGUCGGCUUUGCUGCAUGCUGGGCCGUGUCUGGUUCCCAGGGAGGAGCGAUUGGCCUUGGCCAUGCUCUGCUCUGCCCCAGGGGGUUCCCCCUUGCAGCACGGCUCCCUGUUCCAGCCCAUUCAUCCAGCGGGGGAGCGCCCAGGCUUUGAGCAACCACCAAAGAGCCUCGGGGCGAGGGCCUGGCCUUCUGCCUGCUGUAUUGUGGAGGACUCCUGGGGGGGAAGCAGGGCUGGCUGCAGGAUCCCUGAGGAGGAAGAGGGGCUGGCUGGGGCCUUUGCUUGUAGCUGGUCUGUCGCGUCUCCAGGACGGGCGGACGAGGUAUUCUCGAGCCGGUAGUUAGACGAUUACAUUGUUGCUUUGAGAUAAGUGAAAAAUCCUCUACGUUGAUUAAGUGCCUGCGAUUCCUCACUCGCCUGCCCUCCUGGCUGCUGCUGGCCACCUGUCUGACCCGGGAGACCCAGCGCGAGGAGCCAGCCCCUAGUCCUGCUGGGCGGGCAGCGGCUGCCAGCUAGUGCCAGGUAGCACUGGGUCACAUGCCCUCCCCUGCCACCUUGGGCUGGUCCCGCUCCAUGCAGCUUUGAUGGCACUGGAGCAGAUUCAGACCAGCCCAGCUGUCUUGGAAAGGGCUCCCGCCCCCCCGCUGAGAGCAGCCUGGGGGCCUUGCCUUGCAGCAGCGCCCAGGUCCCUCCCGGCAGCGGCUCCAGGUGAGGGCCCCGGAGAGGUGCGUAGCCCAGGCCUGAGCGUCUUACAGCCCAACCCCAGCAGGCCCGGGUGCGUCCUCCCUGUUCUGGGCACUGCCUGGGGGCAGGGCACCCCCGCUGGGCCGGGCGCCCUGUGGCAAUGCUUGCCGGAGAAGGUGGUGGCAUUUCUAAAGCAGCGAUUGUGAUGCAUCUGCCAAGUCUGAUUUGUUUUGUCAUUUCAUAAAACUGUUUUCAAUCCAAUAAAGCAUGUAGGAGAUUUUGA